AACCGCACGUCUCUUCCGGUCUGACGCGGCCGUGAUCUCACAGUUGUCGCUGUGCGGUGGAGGCGUUUUUUCUCCCUGUGUGCAACUAACCGCAAGAAAUGGAUGUGUUUCUAAUGAUCCGACGUAACAAGACGACCAUCUUCACCGAUGCCAAAGAGUCUACCACAGUCUAUGAAUUGAAGCGCAUUGUGGAAGGCAUUUUAAAGAGGCCCCCUGAAGAUCAGAAACUUUACAAGGAUGACGUGAUGCUUAAUGAUGGUCAAACUCUUGGAAAUUGUGGCUUUACAAAUCAAACGGCUCGACCUCAGGCCCCAGCCACGGUGGGGUUAGCUUUCCGUCUGGGUGAUGAUUCAUUUGAGCAGCUGAGGGUCGAGUCUUUCUCCACUCCCCCAGAGCUCCCUGACGUCAUGAAGCCCCAGGACUCGGGCAGCACAGCCAACGAGCAGGCUGUACAGUGAGGGAGGGGGCAGGGAAACAAGAGGGCUGCACAGGGGGUCGGAGGGAGGAUGCAGGGGGGGAGGGAGGGGUUGAAUUUUGUGAUGCCUCCGCGGGUGAGUUUUACCUUGCCGACGACGGAUCUUCAGCUGGGCACAAACAAUUACAAACACGGAUUCCCCUUGUUGUAAAUGUGAGGGCGGGUGCUUCAAAGUGGUUCAUUUGUCCUGAAAUCGGUGAACGCAUGCUAGAUAAAUUGAUAAUUUCACACAAGACCCUUCAGAGAUACCUGACGGACUUACCACGACACUGUCAGCCAUCCAUGGGGAUUUGGUCAUGGCUGAACAUAAAAAAUUGUACCUCGUAUUUAAUUAAUUCUGCUCUUUAUUUGGGGUAAGGUUAUUGCUACCUUACUUGUGUUUUUUAUUUUGCUGGCUUAAACGUGGGAGUUGAUAAGGUGUGACAUUUUUAGGCUUUUAUGUUUGUGUGUUUCUUUAUUAAACUAUUACUAGGAUUGAACAUGUUUUUUGGUCUUUGGCCUGGAUAUGUGUUGCGACAAUAGCUAGGAGUUUGUGAAAUUCUAAGUUACUAUCUGUAUUUCAAAAACCUUUGAAGAAUAUGGAUCUGAAACUAAAUAGAUUCACUUGUUGGCAGGAGAUCUGGCAUUAAGAUGAACAUUUCUUGGUACUUUACCUUAUCAGUAGUUGUAGUUUUCCUACUGUAGCUGCUCACAGAUGUUACUGAGACUGAAUACACUCAGUCGUGGGUAUCUACAACACAUGUAACUCUGACGUGGACCUGGUGUUGAAAAUGAAAGUCCAACAGGCGGAGCAGCAAUCAAAAAUGAAUUGAUAGUGAUUCUUUUUUUACCUUGCUAAUAAAAGGUCGGGACUAACCAACUUUCCUACCAAUGUUGGAUUGUAGCCGAUGCCAUCUAGGAGGUGUUCUUGACUUGAAUCAGUGUGGCUAAUUGUUUAUAGUAAACCUACACCGUUUUAAGUUGAACAAGUAGUUUUCCAUGUGAUGAGAUGUGAUCCAUGCCUGUGAGUAGUGGGCUGCACAUUUGACUCUCCGUUGUCCCAGAAUCACUGCCCAUUUAGGUUUAGUUCAUGCUGCAACUUGUGUUGUAUUAUACCCAAAAAAUAUAUCUUAAUACACGUUGUUUUCCUAAAAUCAAAAGGGGAAUUACAAAUCAACUCCUCUGCACAUCAAAGUAUAACACUGGGUCUCAGGAUCUAGAAAAACUACAAUUUGAAAAACUAAAACCCUCCAAUAGUUACAACAGGGAAGUAUACUCUGACCUGGGGGUGUUGAAUGAAAUUGUUGACUUUAACAUUUGCAAAUUGAGGCUGUUAAACAGUGGGACAUGAUCAAAGUUGCACUUGUAACUGAUUUAACAUUAAAACAAGUGUUUUUCACCCCUG